AUUAUUAUUUAUGAGAUAAUUAAUUUAAUGAGUUAAUUAAAUUUUAAAAUUAAAAAUAAAUAAAUAUAAAAAUCUGUAUAUAAACUCAUCUGUAAUAUUUAUUUCCAUUUAUUUCUUUCAUGUCAGAAACGGUUCCUGCUGUCCAUUAACGGUUGAAAUGAAGCCCUGCCUGAUGCUGGAGGUUGUCCAGAUUUGCAUGUGAUAGCUCAGGCACGUCGGUCAGCAGAGAUGAAGUCGUUUCUGGUGGCGGUGUUUCUCCUGCUCUGCGGCACAGCUGUGGGUCAGAGAAGAGAAUAUAUCUACGCGAGUCAAAAAAUGAACUGGACUUCUGCUCAGAGCUACUGCAGGGAAAAAUACAUGGAUCUGGCAACCAUCACUUCAGACGAGGAGAACCAGAGGCUGGUGAACAUUUCGGUUGGAUUAAACCUUAUGAAUAUUUGGAUCGGGUUAAAUCGAACCAAAGCAGGUGUAAACAUCUGGCAGUGGUCUGACGGAGAACCGACGAAUUUCUUCAAGUGGCGCCUCGAUCAGCCGGAUAAUUGGAAAGGAACUGAGGACUGUGGCUCGUUCACUCCUGUGGGCUGGAAUGAUGCGAGCUGUGCAAUCGUGUGGCCUUUCUUUUGCUUCUGGAGAGUUAGCGUAGUGAAAGAAAACAAGACAUGGGGUGAAGCUCUGGACUAUUGCAAAACUCACUACACUGGCUUGGCCAGUCCCGUCUCUGCACUUCAACUCACCCUGGCUGAAAAUAUACAAACCCAAACAGCCAGCAUUUGGACCGGCCUUCACUUCAUGGAUGGACAGUGGCUCAGUGUGAGCAAGACCCCGCUGGACAGCCUGGUUUCUGUCAUGCCCUCAUGUCCGGCGCAACGCUACCGCUGUGGAGCUCGCAACACCAUCACACGCCUCUGGGAGAACCGACGCUGCGACGAGAAGCUCAACUUCCUCUGCUAUUGAUAUAUUUCUCUGGAAGUUUCCAGAACUCUCUGGACAGAUGACCUCCUCAGCUCUGUGUGUAGUUUGUGUUGAUUAUUAAUAUUUAAUUAUUUAGCUUAGAAAUGAAGCCUUCAUGCUUUUUUUCCCCCUUUAAAUGUGGAUUAAAUAAAAAUCUGCUGUAAGUGUAAUAUUUUUGCAAUGAUUAUAUCUGAUAUAUAUUAUAUCUAUUGACUUUUUGUUCAUUUGUUCAUAUUUAUAAGCAUGUACUUCAAUAUAUAUGGACAUUUUCUUCUUUAAUGUUAUAUAUUUUUUUUGCUUGCAUCUGUUUGACUUUGACGUUUGAAGGAGAAAUGAAGACUGUUCACUCGUUGCCUGGGGUUUAAAUGUAUUGUUAAAAGCUGUAAUCAUUUCCUUUAGUGCUUAAUCCUCAUUUACAUGUGUUUUAAAUAAAUCGUCAUGGAGCCAGAGGUCAUAGCGUCGACU